AUGGCGACAAGUCAGAGCGAAUUGGAUCGACAGAUUGAGCAACUUAAGCGUUGUGAAUACCUAAAGGAGUCGGAAGUGAAAGCAUUAUGUCAAAAGGCACGUGAGAUUCUCGUAGAUGAGAGUAAUGUACAGCGUAUUGACGCCCCCGUAACGAUUUGUGGUGACAUCCAUGGUCAAUUUUAUGAUCUUAAAGAGUUAUUCAAUGUUGGAGGUGAAUGUCCCGAGACGAAUUACCUCUUCAUGGGUGACUUUGUCGACCGUGGGUUUUACAGUGUGGAAACGUUCUUAUUGUUACUUGCACUCAAGGUGCGAUACCCGGACCGUAUUACGCUCAUUCGUGGCAACCAUGAGAGUCGUCAGAUUACACAAGUCUAUGGCUUUUAUGAUGAGUGUCUACGCAAGUAUGGCUCGGUGAAUGUGUGGCGAUACUGCACGGAAAUCUUUGAUUAUUUAAGUCUAUCAGCUAUUAUCGAGGACAAAAUCUUCUGUGUGCACGGUGGUCUGUCACCGUCGAUCAACACGUUGGAUCAGAUUCGUAUCAUUGAUCGUAAACAGGAAGUCCCGCAUGACGGUGCAAUGUGUGACCUUAUGUGGUCCGAUCCGGAGGACAUUGAUGGUUGGGGACUCAGUCCUCGCGGUGCUGGAUAUUUGUUUGGUGGUGACGUUGUGGAGAAGUUCAACCAGACGAACGAUAUUCAGCUGAUAUGCAGAGCACAUCAGCUAGUCAUGGAAGGGCACAAGUCCAUGUUCAACAACGCACUGGUGACGGUCUGGUCAGCGCCCAACUACUGCUACCGAUGCGGCAAUGUCGCGGCUAUCUUGGAGCUUGACGAGAACUUGGAGCAGCGGUUCAAGAUUUUCGAAGCGGCUCCGCAAGAUGCACGUGGUGUGCCUGCCAAGAAGCCAGCUCCAGACUAUUUCCUGUAG